AUGAAUGAAUGCAUGAGCAAUGGAUUACGCGGGGUAAAUGGCCCCUCCGACGGCUAUGUGGUGCCCCAUAGAGCCGUGGGCGAGCGCUUUGGCACGAUGCCAGGAGAUCAAUAUGACCGGGAGCCCGGGCAAAAGGCUUGGUUGGCCCGAAUGGCCUUCCGCGCCUCUUUCGAGUCCGAUGAGAUCGAGCAGAUGUCAUCGACCAGCACGGAAGAUGUGCCAUUGACGCUGAAGAAAGAACCGAUCAUCAUCAAAGGAGUUGGGCAUAUCACACUAUUUGGCCUGAAUUCGCGAUUUGAUACGGAUUUUCCUGCAGCACUGGUUGGAAGGGUAGCCCCUGAAGAGUUGACGGCAACGUUAAGACGGAUAAAUCUCGUCUUGAAGCGUCAUGUCGAGGUUUCUGGCCGGUGGCUGAUCGGAGGUUUAUUACUUUGCUGCUGUUCCCUUGGCUGUUCAAUGUGGCCGGUGAUUUGUUUGAGUCGUCGGGCCGUGGCUGCUCUCGAAAAAACAUUGGAUUAUGAAAAUCAUCAUUUGUAUCACAAGCUGGGCAUGCAUUGGAGUCUUGGCCGCCGAAAUGUCGAUUCGAGAUUAAGCGAAUACGUCCUGCUCCUUGACUACAUCCCCAAAUUGCCAUUGCUGGUGCCGGAC